AUGCCCAACUCCCAGCCGCGCCCCCAACUUUACCACAGCAGCGUUCACCUUUCCCUUUCCCUAUCCCACCACCCUGAGCACGACACGGCUGAGAGACUGGUAAGAAAACAGAAGCAGCAAAUGACCAUGGACGCCACAGACACUCUGUCGGUCGCCUACUGCCCCGUGCCCAUCAACGGCAACCCCACCGAGGUGCUGGCCAACCGGUUUUCGGCCUGGCGCAAAAUCAUCCGAGCCCUGCUCGUCUACUUCAAGGAGGCGGUUUCGGUCCAAGAGGAGGUCACUCGACAACACGUGCGGUUGGGCACGGCCGUCAACUUUCCGUUUUUCGCCAACGGCACCGCCGACAUGUCCAAGCAUACGGUCCAGAAGGAUCGCGAGGCCCUGGACCCCCAGGACUCCAACGUGACCGACGCCCGGUCGGUAGCGGCCAAGUCGACCGCCGGAUCGCUGUGGGCAGGCGGCUUCCACCAAAACAGCACGUCGCACGAGGACGAGGCAAUUCGCGCCAUGUUCCAGCCCUACGGCCACGGCUCCAUUGCCGAUCUGCCCGGCGACCUCAUUGCCUACCACCGAACCCAGGCGGCCCACGCGUCGCAGCUGGCCAAGGAGCUGGCCAAGAACCUGAUCCCUCGGCUCGAUGAUCUGCGGCGUGACCUGCUGGUCAAGAUCAAGGAGAUCAAGGGCCUGUCGUCGGACUUCAAAAACACCUACGCCAAGGAACAAGGUCUUACCGAGCAGCACGUGGCCUCUCUACAGCAGGCCAUCAAGGUGCUGACUAGCGGGGGACCUCUACAGGGCAAGCAGGACCCGGCACUGGUGCGGUACCAGCUCGAGAAGCAGCUGGGACGGCAAAUCUCAGAGGAAAACUACCUGCAGGACGCGUACAACAACCUGCAAAACAGCGGCAAGGAGCUGGAGAAGGUGGUGGUCAUGGAGAUCCAGCAGGCUCUCGACCACUUUGCGCAGCUCAAUUCGGCUGCUGCCACGGCUCUACAGCAGCUGGUGGACAAGUUUGUUGUCGACGGCUUUGUGGCUCGAGAGCCCGCAGCCGAGUGGACCGCCUUUGUGUCUACUGACCCCAACUUUGUCGAUACUGCUACUCCCUCUCGAUCUAUCGACGAGAUUGAGUACCCCUACCGAGGCGAUCCUCUCACCUGCGAGCUGCGAUCGGGCCAGCUGGAGCGACGGUCCAAGUACCUCAAGAGCUACAGCCGGGCCUUCUACGUGUUGACCCCGUCAUUUCUGCACGAGUUCAAGAGCGGCGAUCGGGCCAAACACCCCGUACCGGUUAUGUCUCUGGCGCUGGACGAGUGCCAGAUUUCGGCCGACUCCAAGUCGUCCAGCGGGUCGCACAAGUUUGUGCUCAAGACCAAGCAGGGCGACUCGUCGCGGGGCCACAAUUGGGUAUUCCGGGUCGAGUCUGCUGACGCUCUGCAACAGUGGAUGAAGGACAUCCAGACCCUCACCUCGAUUAAGGAUGUGCGUGCACGAGCUCUAAAGUUUAAUGCCCCUAGGGUUGCUCCAUCACGGCAGCAGGUUAAUGGCCACAGCAACAGUAACCAGCACAACCAUACUGAAGUGAACAACGCAGUCCCAGCUAACAUCAACAACGUUGACUCUGCACACAACGCUUCCACACACAGCAACGCAUCCAACGCCAUCCCCACAGGAAUUGCCACCGCAACAGCAACCGCAACCGCAACCGCCUACCCCAACGACACAAACACCACUAUCGCCACCGACCCAGUAGCCGAUAGUGUCGACAACAACAACCCCCUGCCCACGUCUGCCGACUCCGAAAUCCCUGCCCUACCCCAUUCAGCUCGCGAAAUGAGUGGAUCUCUCCUGGCCUCGGCCCAUCGAAAACACAUGGAAGAGCCCCAGCAGGUGUUCGACGAACCCGACGAGUUCGAAAGCCCAAGCGAAGCCACCAAGCAGGACCCUCUGGUCGACGAAAAGUCCAACUUUGGUUACGACAACCCUCGAAACAGAACCAUUGACGACUACGAGGAAAACCAGCAUGUAGGCGAGGUGCCCCGGGUGCAGUCGCGACAAAACUCUCGAAAGUUCUCCGUCGACCAGGGCCCCGCCCUGCCCGGUCUGGCCGAGAUCAAGGCUGCCCAGGCUGCCGCAGGAGCCGACUCGGACGUGUUUGAGUACGACAACGAGAACCCCGACGCCGGCAACACUCUCAAGACCGAAAAGGACGAGUUUGUGCCUGCCCACUCCGAUCUGCCCGUCCAUGUCGAGCGACGGCUCACCAUGUCCAACCACAAGGAGGACGGGGACGCUGCCCAGAAUGCCCCUCGAGACCACACCGAGGUGGGCGCUGAUGCCCACGACGUGAUCGAGCGACAGAGAAAGUACUCUGUGUCGUCCACGGGCAAGCGAGGCCCUCCCUCUCGAAAAGCCACGGGAUCCUACGGCACUACUGAUGACCUCAAGCCUUUGUCCGAGGCUCAGCCCGCCGACGGCAAGGGCUCUCUGUUCUUUGCCAACGGUCUUCCUGACACCACUUCUGGUGCUAAAUAA